CCGGGAGAUCCGUCAGCUCUCCUUUGCCCCCGGCGCUUCCCUGAUGCACGGCACUGCCGAGCCGAGGAGCUUCCUUCGGGGCAUCACCUCGAAGAUGGACAGGGAAGUCUUCGAGACCUACGAUGAUGAUGCCCUCGAGAACAGGAUCCUCCGGUCCUCUCUCACUGCCUGCAUAGCCCUCGGGGAACAGGCCCGGAGGCGCGAAGAAAGGCGCCUUCACGAGGCCGCCCAAGAUAAGAAGGUGGAGGGGCUGAUCCGCAAGAACUCCGAGGCGGUGAAGCAUGCUGCACAGGUUGAGGAGGCCCUUCGGGAGGCGAAGGCGGCGGCGGAGAAGGCCAAAGCUGACGGCAUAGCCGAGGGCAAGGCGGAGGCCGAGAGGGCUGCUGCCGAGGCGGCGAAAAAAGCUGCCGAAGAAGCCCAAACUGCUAAGGAGAGAGCUGCGGCCGAGGCCCGAGGGGAGGCAGUUGCGGAGUUCCUCGCUGAGGGCUGGAGGGCCGAGGGCCACAAGGAGUGGGUUGCCUCCGUGGUGGCAGCCUCGGUGGACGCUUGGGUAGAAGGCCCGGGGGUUGACUGGCUGACUGACAGGGGGGACGCCUACUACCAGGGGGUGAGUUCUUUACCCAGCACCUGAUCUACCGGAGGCUUGCCAGGCACUUUGGCGUGUCCCUCGAACAAUUUGACCCCUCGGUAUAUGGCCUCCCUCCGUUGCAACCAGAUGUCAGAGUUCCCCUCCCCCCGGGUGAAGAGCGGCCAACAAUCUAUGAUUCUGUGAUGAUGGGGGUGAUGGGGGUGGAGCCUUCGGGGGUGAUGCUGCCGGAGAAGAAGUCUCCUCCAAGGC